GUGACAUUCCCGCGAAGCUCACGCUGCGAACUGCCGAGAUCCCCAUGGAGUUCGGCGGGUUCAAGAUCCCCCAGGGAGCGACAAUCUUCCUGUACGCCGAUGCGGUGCAUAAGGACGAGAAGUACUUCCCGGAUGCGGCUGCCUUUUGCCCGCACCGCUACACCAACCCCGAGACCUUCAACCAGAUGAACAAGGAAAGGGAGAUCGUGACCUUCGGCCACGGCCGGAAGCGCUGUACCGGUGAACUGCAUGCCCGGUCACAGAUCUCGGCCCUGCUGGCCUCCUUUGUUAUGAGAUUCGACAUGGACCUUGCGACGGAUGAGUCGGACAACAGGCAGUGGGAUCCCAAAGGGGGGUAA